GCGUACCGUCGUCGCGACGUGCGGACGCUUGUUUGGCGUUCAUUCGGGCGUUUUUUCCUCAUAACUCGCUGACAGUACGACACCCCUAAACGGAACUGCUCGUUCGAACUCGCGCCAACUGCACCGCGUACUCCUUUCCAUACCGAUUUAAACGCGAUCGAAGCCCGCGAAAUUCGGAGUAAAGUGAAAUUUGCGCCGAUAAUCAACGUGUUUACGAAUUGUUUCUGAAGCGAAACGACCCGAAAGCCCGAUCGCAAAGUGAAGAACAGCUUAGCUGUUGAAGUGCAGUGUCGCUAAGAGUAGAUCUCGAGGGUUGCUCGAAAAUGGAGCAGCGUAACUCGCUGGAGAGAUAUACGCGCGGGAUCAAGGAAAACCAGUCGCUCGUCUGGAUCGCCAGCGGGAAGGAUCUUCAGUCCGUUGCCGCGUUCUGGUAACGAUAGACCGGUGUGUCCUGUGUGUCCCCCGUCAUCCCUGCCCGAAAACCGUUGGAAGUUAGCAGCGUUUGUUUGAUCCAGUGUUAUGAGUGAAGGUGUUGGUUUCCAUAGCGUGGAAUCAUGCCGUUUGUGCUCCGAAAAGUGGAACCGCGCUACUUGCGUCGCGGACACGUGCCGGCGGGAUCGGCGGCGCAGGAUUGGCCCGUGGGCGCCGAAUUGGAGGCGGUGGCGAACGGCGCGUUUACUACAUCCCUCAAGCAACUCGCGUCCCUGCUCACCACCGCCGAAGAUAUAUUCGCCGAUCUCACGGCCGAUCUGACCGCGGUCGCCGGACGAAGCAGCCGUCUGCGCCUGAGGAUCGACAAGGUCGAAGAACGUCUCGCCACCGUCGACCCCAAGAAAGUCCCAGUCCCGGAAUCAGAUAUUUGCACGUUUGCUUCGAGGACAGAACAUUUUCAUAUCGUUAACAAACCAUCAACGGCGUUAUUUACGUCGAACUCCAGGCCGAAGGCCCUGAGGGAAUUAUACGAGGCCGCUGCCAUAGUCGCUGUCAGAAGUUUGGAUAGCCUGAGAAGGGAUGGCAGUUCCAUGGAUAUGUUCCUCUGCACUCCCGUCCUUGGCAAGAGAAGGCGAGACCAAAGUCUCGACAUCGAAUCCAGGAUCCCGGCCGCUAUCGAGGAUCUGCGAAGAUGGACAUCCACCGAGGCGCUGGGGGACGUUACCGUACCGCCGGAUUGCAUGUCCAGGAUCCUGGGAGAUACAACGGACGACGACGCCGUCGAUCACAAGCUUCCCAGCCCCGAGGAGCAGGUUCAAGCUAUCGCUCUCAAAUUUCCAGCGGAAAUUGUGGCGGUGGACGUCAGCGGUAAAGGAUUCCAGAGGAUGUCGAUGCGGAGAAGAUCUCUACUGUCCGGUCCGGAAAGUCAGGAAACAGCUGUGAAAAGACGGUCGAGACCUCGCCGGCCCAGAGGAAAGAGACGAAACACGAUCGCUGGUACCGAUCAGAAGGAAAUUCGCCAGGCUGUCGGAGUAGAAACGACCGGCGAAGAAGCGGAGGAAACGAUAUCGAACAUAGCGUCAAGGACACAACGGUCGGCGAGUACGGACAUCCUCGGCUCGUCGAAGAAGGAUUCGCCGACAGAAAAGAAGUCCCACUUCAACACGUUGAAGGCGUGGGGCAUGUCGAGGCUGAAACUUAUCAGCCCCAAAUCCGCGCAACAGCAAGACCAACGGGAACCGAGUGUUUCUACUAUCGAAAGGUCAGAACAGGAUCAAGGUCAGUCAAGAUCACCCGAAGAAACAAAUAUUUACGAAACGGUAACAACCAGGCGCAGGAAGGACAAGUCUCACGAAAGGAAGCCCAGCUCGUCGAGCUCGAGCGGAAAGAGCACCUCGAGCAUACCGGUGUCCGUCCCGAUCACGGAAAGACAACCGAGCGUGAAAUUGCGCGAAAGCGCUGCCCAAAGAAGAGAAAGACGAAAGGGAAGCAACCGCGACGACCCACCGCACUCGAGCUCAGGAAACUGGAGUGCAUCCUCCGAAAGUGGUAGGGCGAGUAUUGGAAGCGAAACGACGACCACCACCCAUCAACCAAGAUCCACAACGACGGCCUCGAUUGGGACAUCGUCCACUUCUUUGAGUCACAUGAGGCGAUUCAAGGGACGCGACACCUCGGCCUCAUCCUCGGUUACGUCGGAGGGCACGUUAACUCCGGAUAUCAUACAAGAUAUCGCUGUUGUUCCCUUCUCCGACGACGGUGAAACGUCUUCUGUCUAUUCCUGCGACACGGAGGGCUAUUACACCUCGUUCCAUGUAGACUCCGGUUUGAAGACUUUAAGGGAAGAGGAGCCAGUUCCGCAGAGUCCUUUGACAAAAUCCAACGACAUCAGCUCCGAUCCUACCUCACCGAUCGUCGAAAACGAGUACGAACUCUUCGGAAGGGGUUCAACGUCGACGACAACCAGUUCCGCGGGCACAGUUUGCACUGCGUUGAUGGCACCCCCGCCGCCGGAAAGAAAAUCUAGCCUUACCGUUGUCGCUAUGGUUCAUGGACAGAACCAGACUGGCGGGGAGUCACCAGACAGCGGACACAACACCUCGUCCUCGCCUGUGGAAUCAGCCUCGAGUCCAGCCUGCACGGGAAGGUCUUGCUCGGAAUUCGAAUACUCCGAGUCCAGUGAUCUCGAAGGAUGCGAGAGAAUCGAGAGAAUUCGCUCAAAAACGGCAAUCAAUAGCAGUCGAAUUCCGUCCAUGUGCGUGAUCACGCCGCCAGGUUCGGACGACGAGCAUGCGAGCGAAACGGACCAAACAUCGAAGAAAACCGAGAGCAGGAAAGCCGAUCUUCAAACCGGAGGUUCGGUUCUCAUGUCCGCUACCGUUGGAACCUCCAAAAUGGAGGUGAUCAAUGGACAAGAUAAGAACCUCUACGCGACAGUUCAGGUGUUACCGUCCCCGGCAAUCGAUAGACCCGCGGUUGGACAGACGUCAACGAAGAUCAGUCCACUUAGCGGAGUUUUGGGCAAGCUUCGCGGUGUGCUUCCAGGUAGGAAGCACACGCCGAAGAGUGUGGUUCCGGAUGAAGCGAUCGCAGACUCCGGCGACUAUGUCACCAUAGCCGACGUGAGGAACAACAACGACAAACGUCAGGAACCUGGUGCGUCAGGGAGCACGGCUCUUGUUCGGUCCUCGACUACAUAUGCGAACACCGAUAUCUUCAAGAAAGACGCCGAGUACGUUAGUCUAAGCGAAUUACCAAAAAGGCCGGACUCCUCUCUGGAGAGGAAGAGACAAGGUGCAAGAGUCACGCUGGAUUCCGAGGGCAAGGUUGUCUACUCGUCCGACAGUUUGAAAAGAAGAAAAGGAGCGCACACUACGUUCAACCCAGGUCCGUUCGUGAGAGAAGGAGCGUCGCCGAGUCCAUCGCCGCUGUUGCACCGUGCAACCCCGAACGUUCGAGCAGUCGCGAGGACCAACGACACGGUGGAUGGGUCAAACAAGUCGACGCCACCCACUUCGCCUCAAUUAGGAAAGCUGAUCAUCAGAGCAGCGCGGAGUCCCGAACGAGCGGCCAGUCCGGACUACGUUAGAACGCCGUCGACCGUGGUGGGACCCACGAGUCCAACGACUCCUCAUCGACAAGUUCGCGGGGCAUACGUCAACGUGCAAGACGACGAAGACAAUACGUUGUUGGCGAUAGACUCGGUGCCUCCUCAUGGGUUAGUACAACCACCACCGUACAUCUCGCCCCCUAAACCCGAGGAUUGUCAGAAGGACCAGAAGAUCCAAGAGAUACUGAAGGAGUCACGAUCGUGCCCAAAAAUUCCAACCCAGUGCGACAAUCAGCAGAACUACGGACGACAUGGACCCCAACUGCGCCAAAUUUAUCCUCACGAUACUAGACGAAACUUGUACAACAACAACAACAACAACAAAUUCUUCGAGCAAAAUCAACUGCCGGGUUACAACGAAUACCAGUAUGGCCGCGAUCAACGGCAGAUCGUGCAUCUACACAACGCGAGGAAUCAGCAAUACUACUCGCCAGGGAAGGAUAUCAAUCAGCAAUUUUAUACGCUGCCAUCCAGAAGACCGCAGAGGGACAUCGAGCCGCCGCGUAGCGUUACGCCAGACAUUACCAGAGGUCUGGGACGCGGUUCCUUGAGCACGAUGCAUAUGCUCGCGAGGCAUGGUCAGAAGGCGAUGGUGGACCAGGAUUCCAAUCGAUUCGGCUCUCAGGCAGACCUGAACAAACGAAAUGUGGAGAAUUUCGAGAUACAGCACAGCCUGAUGCAAAACCAACAGCCACCCAUUGUGGAUGUCAGAAACAGAUUCGCAACACCAUUAGGCUUGACAGCGCUGGGAUAUCGAUUUUUCGCGUCCUCGCCCGUUCGUGAUCCCGUUACGAAGUCUCCUAGUGCUGAUGCUUUAAAGCACAAUCCAAUUUCCCCGAUCGGGCACAGCUAUGGCAAUAGCUUCAAGUCGUCCACGCCGACCGGACGUAGUAUGCCAACUGUUGCCGAACGUUUGGCUCUGACUGCUGGCAGCAACUGCUCGUCGCCGAUGCCGAACUCUGGAAGAAGCACCCCCGUUCAGACUUCAUCGGGAAGAAGUACACCGACCAAUUUAAUUCUAUCUCCGACGAAAAGCACCAUGUCUAACGAGGAGCUGUUCGCCGCGAUUCACAAAUCGAAGAAAAGACUGAAUAUAAAGGACGAUGGCGAAAACCAGUCGCCGUACGGAUCGACCAACUCCUUGGUGAAGAUGCCGCCUGGAACCAGACACAGUUGGAGUUCGGAGUCACAUAAACCUCCAGUGGUGACACAGAAUGCUCAAUCGUCGUCACCAGCAACGUCACGGUUGGACUUCAAACGUUUACUGCUCCAACAGAGCGUGAAGACGGGGCCCACCAGGCUCUCGGCGGCAGAGCAACUGAAACUUUCGCGACAACAAUCGCAGCAACAACAACCAUCGUCGACCAUCCAGCAGACGACACCAUUAGCCAAAGUUCUGAGCCCUCGUUCGGUGUGGAGGUUUCAAACGCCACGAACGGACGUCUUGUCAUCCACGAUCAUCGAGGAUACAGCGGCCGAGGAGAAAGCUAUGAAACCCUCCCCAGAAAACGUUUGCCCUGUUUCAAGACUGAAUGCAAAGAGACAGUUGGAUCUCUGCAGCGAUCUUCCAGAACAUUUGCGUUCCCGCGACGACUCGGGAAUCAUGGCUUCCGACGCCUGUAACAAUAGGCUGUCAACGGCAAACGACGACAUUUCCAACCCGAAGUCCGAUAGAAGCGGCCAAAGACAACCCACCAGCGUAGGAAGUUGCACUGCUAGUGACAAUCGUUUGAUCUCCAAUCUGCAAAUUAGUGCUGCUGAGUGUGCAUCGCCCGUUCAAAGCGUUUCAGACUCGCGUCAGCAGAACAGUGCCGUUAGUUCAGCAAUCCAGUAUUCGCCAAAGUGCACCCAGCUCACGCUUUCGUGCCAGCAAGCGAUAAGCGCUUUCGAGUCGAGGAGGAUCAGCAAUCAACUGGCCAGAGCGCAAUUCCUGGCUGGCACGGCGGCAAAUCCGAAACAAGGCCAGAAUACUUACGUCAGACAAAUACUCAGAUCCAGGUCUGAGUCCCCUCAGAACUCCGCGACGCAAAACGUCGCUCGCAGUCCCAGUGCCCCUACGCUGGAAACCGCUUUGUGAUCCCGGCGUGCGUUAUCGGCGCCGAAACAUGGGACAUUGAGAACCAGAAUGAACGAACUUCUACGAUUUCUACACUUUUCGAGAACGUAACAACCUUUGAUGGCUGAAUGGAUUUACUGAAAUUGUAUUGUUUGCAAGAAUGUCGAGCAUUGUAAUAUCGCUAUCGAUGUACUUCAAGGGAUCUGACUAGUUUGGAACCCCAACAAAAUUAAUCGACAUAGACAAUCUUAGUUUAGAAUUCUAAUGGAUGCAACUAAUUAGAACUUUAACAAGAAUUUUGUUCAAUAUAAAUGACUGAUUCUAUUGAAAUAAUUCCUGGUGUGGUUUAAGUUAUGAUUAUUAUGGAGCAUUGGAAUGUCGCUUUUAAUUCAUCCUAAGGCCUCUGAUUAAUCUAGAACUUCAAAAUCUAUCUUAUAGAAAAGAAUUGAAGCGAGUACUAUUCUACGUAAAUACAACUAUUAAUAAAAUUAAAAAAAAAAGAAAACAUAAAAAUGUUUGAAUAUCGAUAGAAUUACAACAUCCCAUACACUAAAUGCAAUAUUUCCAAUAAAAUUUUGUAGCUUUUUGGGGUUGAAAUAGAAUCUUUUGCAGAUGUCGAGAUUAUUUUGGCUGGGAUAAUAAAAUGGCAUAUACUGUAUUCGUUUGUCCCAUAUCAAGCGAAUCAGUCAUAAAACUUGAAAAAUGUCGUUUCGAAGAAAAUUUUCGAAUUUCGUUACAAUUCUUGCAGAAAAUUGUUUUUAAGAUUUGAAUCUUUAAGAAAACCUUCAAACUGGUCAGGCCCGGUGAUUAUGUUACUAAUAUUGUUAUGGUAAUCUUAUUUUUAUAUGAAGUGUCGUUCUUCCGGUUCUUAAUACCUCAUAUUCAACGAUGAAAGUAAUUUUGCAGCAGGUACAUUCGAAGAAAAUGAU